CUCCGUCCGCCAUAUCGUUCAUUUUGCUGACCUUCUCACAGGCUCUUACAAUUGCAAUCAUCAUCCUGGAGCGGCCAAGACAAGCUUCCGUGUCUUUGCUUUUUCUGUUCGCCUCGAUUCUACUUACAGAAUUGGCAAUCAUAAUCUCGCAAUUUGGAGGUCUCCAACUCGCUCUUGGUCCCAUUGUAGCGUUUAUAGGCAUCAUUGUCAUCCUAAACAUGCCGUUACGGGACCCGAAUCUUCCCAAGGAAGAUAUCAGCCCUGUCUACGGUCCGCCAACAGUGAAACUCAGGACUCCAGAGGACAACCUGACUCCACUUCAGUACAUGACUGUGUCGUGGAUGGGGCCUCUGAUUCAGAAAGGGAUCACACGGAAGAUGGACGACGAAGAUGUGUGGGAUCUUGGAUGGGAGUUCAAGCACGCACGGCUACAUGAGGCGUUUCGAAAGUUGGAAGGCUCUGUGACACGCAGGAUCUUCAUAGCCAACGGCAUGGACGCUUUGCGAACCACGAGCCUUAACCUUUUGCGACUUUGCGCGACUCUACUGACACCAAUACUACUGCAACAGGUGCUCAGCUCCAUGAAGAAAGAUUCUGGAUCACCGCGCAGUGCGACAAUCACUUAUGCUUUUAUAUCACUUUUCGUGCGCUUACUUUCCACGCAACUGAACGUGUUCAACCUUUGGUACCAGCGACGCGCAUACGAGAGGUCCCGGGGUCAGUUGAUCACUAUGCUGUACGAGAAGACCCUCAACCGCAAAAUCCUCGGGGCGAAGCAGGAAGUAAAGGAAGAUUCGACAAAUGGUUUUACUAAUGGUCAUACUAAUAGCCACACGAACGGCCACACGAACGGCCAUGCUGAUGGCGAGACCAGUGCAGAGCCCAAUGGGGAGGCUAGCGCAUCUACUCAACCCGUCAAAAGUGCUCCACAAAGCCGGAUUGUGAGACUUUGGUCUCAGAUUCGAUCGCUUGUGUCGAGGAAGAAGAAAGAAGAGGAGGAUAAGGAGACAGCAGCUGCCUCCAUGGGCAAGAUCCUUAAUCUCAUGCGGAACGAUGUCUACGAAAUCGCGCAGCGCUUUUGGGAGUUCUCAGACAUUGUCGUGAAGCCACUGGGAGUCAUUGGGUCUACUCUACUCAUUUGGCGGAUGCUUGGCUGGUCUUGCCUGCUCGGUGUUCUUGCUCUUGCUGUCACACAACUGCUCAGUGUCGUCGUUGCACGCUACCAAGUGUACUUUGAGAAGAAGCGCAGAAAGGCCACCGACGAGAAGCUGCAGAGAACCACACAAUUCAUUGAGUCGAUCAGGCAUCUGCGCUGGUAUGGGUGGCACGAAGCAUGGCUCAAGGGAAUCCUCGAGUCAAGACAGGCGGAGCUGCAUCUGCGCGUUCUGCAGAUCAUCUUCAACACGUCUCUUGCUUUCAUCAUGAGGUUUGGGUCUGGUCUCUUCCCGGCUGUUGCGUUCUAUGCAUUCACCAAGUUGGCUGGGAAGCCGCUCAGUGUCGAUCUUAUCUUUCCCGCUAUCGAUCUGUUCAGAUUACUCGAGUCGUACCUUGGCGCUCUGCCUCCGCUCAUAACGACUUUGCUGAACGCUUACGUCGCGAUGGGUCGUAUCGAAGCCUUCAUGGCUGAGCCUGACAAAGAGGACUCUGCUGUUGUCCCCGAAGGUUCUGCCGAUCUGAGUCUGCAGAACGCAUCGUUUGCUUGGCCGGGAGUAGACAAGAACGUUCUUGAGGACAUUACUCUGUCGUUCCCGCUUGGCCUGACUGUCGUGUAUGGCGAGGUGGCUGCUGGCAAGACAGCACUGCUUCAAGCUCUGCUUGGAGAGCUCGACAAGACCGCAGGAGAGCUCACUCGACCUGAUCAGACUGUUGGAUACUGCGCUCAGACACCGUGGCUACAAAGCAUGAGCGUUCGCGACAAUAUCCUCUUUUCGGAGCCUUAUGAGGAGACGCGGUAUAAGCAUGUGCUUGAAGCUUGCGCGCUCAUCCCAGAUAUGGUUGAGUUCAAGCACGGUGAUCUAUCAAACAUUGGCGAAAACGGCAUUGGGCUCUCAGGGGGACAGAAGGCUCGCGUCGCGCUUGCGCGUGCUGUAUACAGCAAGGCUAAAGUGCUUCUCCUCGACGACCCACUCUCCGCGUUAGAUCAUCAAACUGCCGAUUUCAUCGUCCACAAGCUGCUUGGGAGCUCAUUGGUUGAGGGCCGAGUCACAGUCCUGGUCACGCAUCGCACUGAGCUCUGCCACGAACUAACGAAGCAGUGGGUGGAGCUAGACCACGGACGCGCGACCAUUAACGAACCCACUAAGCAAGACGACAGGAACGCACUCAAGAGAGCACAAACUAACGAGUCGCUGUCAGAAGAGGAAUCAAAGAAGCGGGAGGAAGAGCAAGCCGCAGCCAUUCCUGACAAGUUUAUUGAAGACGAGCACCGUGCCGAGGGUGGCGUGAAGCUGAAGGUAUAUUGGCGCUAUAUCAAGGCUGGCACACUGCGAUGGUGGGCUAUCUCGAUCGUUGUAAUGGCUCUCUUCCGUCUUCUCGAUGUCGCAGAAACGUGGUUCAUCAAAGCCUGGGGGGAGGGCUACGAUGAUGUGCACAAGGAUGGUAUCUUCGACUUUUUACCGCCACCUACCGAGAACGUUGUGCCGUGGCUAUGGGGCUUCUUCUUGUUUGUGGCAGGCACAGCCGUGCUGUUCUGGUGGACCAACCUGAUCAUGUUCGGUGUUGGAUACCACGCUGCAAAAGCCAUCUUCAGAGAGGCGGUCGAGAAGGUCGCGCAUGCAACAUUCAGAUUCUACGACGUCACACCGGUCGGACGUCUGAUGAACCGCUUGACCAGUGAUAUGAACACGGUCGAUGGUGGAUUAAGCUCUGCAUUCACCAUCUUCGGAUGGCAGAUGAUUGGCUUCGUCAGCUGUAUCGUGGUCAUUCUCUCCUCGACGCCGGCUUUCCUCGCUUUCGGAUUGCUGCUUUGUUGUGGGUUCAUCUACAAUUUCUACCGCUUCUUGCCUACCUCUCAAAGCUUGAGGCGGUUGGAGAUGGUGUCACUAUCCCCGCUCAUGUCCAACUUCGGCGCCCUCGUCGAGGGCCUGACCACCGUUCGCGCGUUCAAUGCCCAGCCUCGGUUCCAGGCUCGCGUCAUCGAGGUCGUGGACAAGUUCCAGAAGAACGAUCACUUCUAUUGGUCACUGCAAGCAUGGCUAUCGUUCCGGUUCAGUACCAUGUCAGCGAGCGCGACACUUGUCAUGACGCUGAUUGCUAUCUAUACGGGCAUCAGUCCGGGCCUGACAGCUUUCGUGCUCAUCACAGCCUCGAGGUUCGUCAUGUACACAGAGUACAUGUGUCGCAUCUACGGUCAGCUAGAGAUGCAAUUCACAAGCGUGGAGCGAGUCAUCGAGCUCCUCGACCUCGAGCAGGAGGCGCCCGGCGUCGUCGACCCUCCCGCCCACUGGCCAACAUACACGGGCGACAUCACCUUUGAAGACGCGACAAUCCGCUACGCGGAGAAUCUCGAUCCCGCGCUUCAAAACAUCAGCCUCACAAUCCCAGCCGGAAGCAACACGGCAGUCAUCGGCCGCACGGGGUCUGGCAAAUCAACCCUCGCGCUCUCCCUGCUCGCCACCAUGGCCCCAGAGAGCGGCCGCAUCCUGAUCGACGGGGUCGACAUCUCCACGGUCAACAAGCAAGCCCUGCGCAGCCGCGUGACGUUCCUUGCGCAGGAACCCGUUUUGUUCCCCGGCAGCAUGCGCAAGAACCUCGACCCCCUGGAGCAAUACUCGGACGGCGCGUGCGAAUCGGUGCUCGCCAAGAUUGCCGGGAAUCACAACUGGACGCUCUCGACGCCGAUCGAGGGCGGCGGCAAGGGGUUGUCGCAGGGGCAGCGGCAGCUCGUGGGGCUUGCGCGCGCCAUGCUGCGACGCAGUCCGGUGCUGAUCAUGGACGAGGCUACGGCGAGCAUUGAUUUUGAGACGGCACAGCGGAUCCAGAGUGUGCUGAGGGAGGAGAUGAGGGAGAGCACGGUGAUCACGAUUGCGCAUCGCUUGGAGGCGGUGAGGAACGCGGACUACUGUGUUGUGCUCGGGAAGGGGAAGCUGGUCAUGGCGGGCAAGGCCGAGGAAAUGCUGCAGGAGGGGAGUGAAUUCAGUGGCAUGUUGGCGUGAAUUGCUUCGGCAUGCAAGGUGUCUGUGGCGUUUGGGUGGAAAAAAAAUCUUGUGUCGUUUGGGUGGAAGAAGAAUCUUGUGUCGUUUGGGUGGAAGAAGAAUCUUGUGUCGUUUGGGUGGAAGAAGAACCUUGUGUCGUUUGGGUAGAAAGAGUAGCUAUUACACCUGGGACAUGGUGUUUCUGUGAUUGCAGCAGCACGUGACUGGGCUCCGAGUCAUGCACUUGUUGGUCGCGUACGGUGAAGAGGCUGGUGAGCCGGGCUUCCGGGAUUGCGCGGCCGCGCCACAAAAUCCGUCAC